UGGGUGGGGGGCAGAGGGCGAGUCGGCGGCGAGGGCAGGCGCUCGCUCGCGGCACGAUGCCGUCCCUGCUGGUGCUCACUUUCUCCGCGUGCGUCCUGCUCUGCUGGGCGUUGCUGGCGGGCUGCACGGGUGGUGGUGGCGGCGGGGUCGCGGGCCCAGGCGGCGGGCGCCGAGAGGGAGAGACGUUGCCGCCGCAGAAGAUCGAGGUGCUGGUGUUGCUGCCCCAGGACGACUCGUACCUGUUCUCCUUGGCUCGGGUGCGGCCAGCCAUCGAGUAUGCGCUGCGCAGCGUGGAGGGCAAUGGGACCGGGAGGCGCCUACUGCCGCCCGGCACCCGCUUCCAGGUGGCCUACGAGGACUCGGACUGCGGCAACCGCGCCCUCUUCAGCCUGGUGGACCGCGUGGCGGCGGCGCGGGGCGCCAAACCCGACCUCAUCCUGGGGCCCGUGUGCGAGUACGCGGCAGCGCCCGUAGCCCGGCUUGCGUCUCAUUGGGACCUGCCCAUGCUGUCGGCCGGGGCACUGGCCAAUGGCUUCCAGCACAAGGACACCGAGUACUCGCACCUCACGCGCGUGGCGCCCGCCUACUCCAAGAUGGGCGAAAUGAUGCUCGCCUUGUUCCGCCACCACCAGUGGAGCCGCGCUGCGCUGGUCUACAGCGACGACAGUCUGGAGAGGAACUGCUACUUCACCCUCGAGGGUGUCCACGAGGUCUUUCUAGAGGAGGGCUUGCACACUACCGCGUACAAUUUCGAUGAGAACAAAGAUUUAGACCUGGACGACAUUGUGCGCUACAUCCAGGCCAGUGAACGAGUCGUGAUCCUGUGUGCGAGUAGCGACACCAUCCGGAGCAUCAUGCUGGCGGCGCACCGGCACGGCAUGACCAGCGGGGACUACGCCUUCUUCAACAUCGAGCUCUUCAACAGCUCUUCCUACGGAGAUGGCUCGUGGAAGAGAGGAGACAAACAUGACUUUGAAGCGAAGCAGGCCUACUCAUCCCUCCAAACAGUCACUCUACUGAGGACAGUGAAACCCGAGUUUGAGAAGUUUUCCAUGGAGGUGAAAAGUUCUGUUGAGAAACAAGGGCUCAAUGAGGAGGAUUACGUUAAUAUGUUUGUGGAAGGGUUCCAUGAUGCCAUCCUCCUCUAUGUCCUGGCUUUACGUGAAGUGCUUAGAGCUGGCUACAGCAAGAAGGACGGAGGGAAAAUCAUCCAGCAGACUUGGAAUAGAACAUUUGAAGGUAUCGCUGGGCAGGUGUCCAUAGAUGCCAAUGGAGACCGGUAUGGAGAUUUCUCCGUGAUUGCCAUGACGGACAUAGAAGCGGGCACCCAGGAGGUUAUUGGUGAUUACUUUGGAAAAGAAGGUCGUUUUGAAAUGCGGCCAAAUGUCAAAUAUCCUUGGGGUCCUUUAAAACUGAGAAUAGAUGAAACCAGAAUUGUGGAGCACUCGAACACCUCUCCUUGCAAAUCAUCAGGUGGCCUAGAAGAGUCGGCUGUGACAGGAAUUGUUGUGGGGGCCUUACUAGGAGCAGGUUUGCUAAUGGCCUUCUACUUCUUCAGGAAGAAAUACAGAAUAACCAUUGAGAGACGAAACCAGCAAGAAGAAAGUAACGGUGGAAAACAUCGGGAGUUACGCGAAGAUUCCAUCAGAUCCCAUUUUUCGGUGGCUUAAAGGAAGUCUUUUCUCUCUGUUUGAGAUUCUUUAACGAGAAAAAUGGGAUGAAAGACAUCAAUGGAGCAGAGGGGCACUCUUGAAGAACUCAUUCUUUUAAAGCAGUUAGUUGUUUCGUUUUAAAAUUUCUUUAGAAGCUCAGGAACUAUUAUUAAUCACCAUAUGCCUCACGGCCUUUCAUCUUGUGUCAAACAAAUAUAAGGAAAUAAUGUCACUCUGUUGAAUGUUCAUACUGCUUCAAGGGUAUAUGAUUAGUUUUAUGGUUUUAAAAUCUGAUGUCUCCAUAUUUUGAUGGCCUGAGGGGGCAUUUCAUGCAAGGAUAGAAAACGUGGUUUUCUUAAAUGAAAUGUUUUAUAGCGAGAAUAAAAUCAUUUUUUACAAGUAGAAUAUUCUUGGAAAAAAUUUAACAGCCGGGAAGAGGACAAUGUAAUGAAAAACUGCAAAGUCAGAAAUACAGCAUUCCUCUCUCUAGAAGUGGUGAGGACUGCUCUGUCCAAAGUGUACUUUCAGGUUCUGACUUUAUAUCUUGGAAAAAGGAUUUCCUCCCUGUCUCCCGCCUUCAAUGUCUCAUAAAAGCAACUCUGGAAGGUUGUAAAUAUUAGCAAAAUAAGAGAAUUUAUACAAGAAAAGCACACCUAAAAUGUUUCUUUUUCAUGUAAAAAAAAAAAAGCCCUAUUUUACACUAACACUUUAUUUUUAAGUAUGUUACUUAAUCUUGUAUUUUGCUGUUAGAAAAUGUGUCUAUUUUUUCAUUUUGAAGAUUAAAUUUCAUUUAUGUUUUAAAUGCAUGGGUAAUGUGUACAACAAACCAACAAUGAUGAAUAAUGCUUCUCAUUUUCUUCCCAUUUCCCUCUUGCCCUUGGUCACAGCCAAAUACAAUUUGCUGCUUUAAUUUCAGAGAUUUAGAAAUGUCUUUAGAUUACAAAGUCUAAAGGAGUACAUCAGUUUACCUGUUUUAAAUGGAAGUUACUUUACAGUCAGAAACCCCCUUCUAAUUCUGGUCAAAUGGUAUUUCAGGAUCAGGGAUGAAAAGUUAUUAGGACUAAGCAGGGUUUAUAACGGGAGGCAGUCCCUAUUUCCUCAAGGACAAUUUUAUAAAGAGUUAGAACAUGAUAGUAAGCACAGAAAUGAUAAGUUAAAAAAAUGCAUACACGACCUUUUACCAAAGUUCAUAGCGGUGGUUUUGGUUAAAAAAGGGAAUCUAAAUAAUAUCUGUUCUAUUCUCUUUUAGUCCCUUUAUAAUCAUCCACCAAUAGCCUGUCACACUGGGUUGAGUGUGGAUGUAAGGAGUUUGGAGUACGUUGAGUAAGUAUUUAUUGACUAUCUCCUUUGUGCCCAGAACUCUGCACAUGGGUUGAAACCCAGCUGGCCAUUUUCACUUAGUAAUUGUGGAGAAAACAGACAGUGAGGGAAGAAUGGGAAGUUGCAAGAUGAGGUUCCCACCUUGUACUGGGGCACUAGGGUCUUUCCUCAGUGACAUUUUGAGCAACUGAAAAAAGUUUAAAAAUUAUAUUAAUAUCUAUACAAGGCCAUUUCUAGGGAGGAAAACAGCCAAGUUGGAGCAAUUCCUUGGUAGCAGUGGAGGUCGUAGUUCACGAAGGAAGGCUGCGGUGAAGGCUGUGUGCCUGAGUGGGGGGGUGGGGGGCUGUGCUUGGAUUUGGCCCCUGCUGGCAGCAGCAUUUCAAUCAGAUUAUUUCUGUGUGAGGCACAGUUCCCUUCUCUUUCAUUUAACAAGUGGAAUGCAGGCAGCUGGAGGGCAUGAUGAAAGAAUGAACUAGGAUCAACUGAAACAACGAUGUUGUAGUUCUCCAUGCUGGAUGCAAAGGAACAAGUGCCGAAUUCAAAAAAGGAUGGGGGGAGAAAGCAAGAAAGGCAAACCCCAGAGUUUCUCAUGGGGGAAGAGACUUGGGGAAGUAAAAUCCAAGAAAGCAAAGCAUUUGAUAGCUCAGGGCUCCGGAAAGUGAAAUCAGGAUGGAAAGAUUGCAUCCUUCUUAUUUAAUAAAUUGGAGAGCUUAUUCCUUUCUCAUGCUUAUGUUUCACAGAUGUUUUUCCAUAUAUUUUUAAAAUACUCAUUUUCUAUUAUCUUGUGUUUUUAAAGAAAGCAUUUAAAUUUUGAGCCCAUGUACUUACAUAGGAACAAAUACUCUACCUAGUUACAGUGUUUGGGUAUAAACAUUUCUAACCUUUCUAGAAUUUAUAGGGACCCAUUAACUCUAACACUAAAAAAUGAAUAUCUUUUAUUUCUACUUCAGAUAGAGGAAUAGUCUUAAUAUUUUAAUCCCUAGAUAAAAUCUUAAAAAUGAGUGAGAAUUUAUCUUUCAAAAAUGGUAGAACAGCAACAUUUAUCUAAUGAACUAUGCUGUCUUAAUUUGGUUCUUCCAGUUUUCUGUUGCACUUGUAAAAUGCUACAAGGAAUAUAAAAACAACCUGUUCAUUUAGACUUAUAAUACUUUAUGAAAUAAAAACAUGAGUCACAAAAAGGUGGCAGAACAAAGCAUGAAGUUUCUGGUAUGCAGAUGCCAUUCUCUUCCAAACUUAAAGCAGUUUUAAUGUUCUUAAGAUUGAUUGCUUGUUUACAUGUCUAUUGUCUAGUCUCUCAUCCUUGGAAUUUUCAUAUGAGUUACCAAAACUCCAUUAAGCUGGGAAACCUUUGCUAAAGCUUAGGUGUUUUGGCCAAGGUCUCCCUGGGUUAAGAACUCUCCAGAGUGUAGUUUGGGAUUUAAGUUCCUACUGCUAAGCAACCUCUUUGAUGACCUUAUAUCCUAUUCCUAUCCUUCCAGUAGCCACACAGCAUAUAGUGAAAUAAGCAAGGCUUUGGUUCUUGAAUGCAUUCUAUACAUUUUUACUGUACUUGCAGGGUAUUCCAAUUUCAAAAGGGGUACUUAAUCAGUAUAUCAUAAGCUGACAUUGAUACAGGUCAAAAUGAGUAAAUACUUUUUUGGUAUUGGAAAUAGGUAUAGCUUUUAUGAAAAUCAUUGUCAUCCUGUUAGCUUGUGUGUGUGUGUGUGUUUGGCGGAGGUGGGGGGGGGGACUCAGAAAUAAAAGCUUUCCCCAGAUGAUCGCGUCCAUCUGGAAAGAACUUUUUUACAGAGGCCAUAUCUACGCCCAGACUGACCACAGGUCCACGAGGAAGCCUCUGUGUACAUUAAAUUUCACUGAAAAUCCUUCAGCUUGUCUUUUCCUGAACUAUACUAUAGACAUGGUUCCACAUGCCUAAAAGUAGUUCAGAAACUAUUUCUAGUGGGGGGAGAGGAGAAGCAUAUGGGAAGAGGUGGCUCCUUUUCUUCUCUUCCUUAAUUCAGAGUCUCUUGCUUUAGAAUGUGGAACCCCUUCUCCUUGUUCAUACUAAUAGCAUCAUUAAUAUUCCAAUGGCACAUGUGUCUUCUUUGCCCCUAACUUCCCACUUUCCUUCUGGCUGCUGCUGGUUUGGGGGAGUGGUAAGAUAAUGCCGUCAGCAGGGAAAUAAAGGUCAUUGUAUAGACCUCGUGCAGUGACAGGGAUUCACAAGUAGGUUCCAGUGGCAUCAGGACCUUCUUGUAAAUGAGUAUACACUGGCUAUUUGUGGAAGUCUCUUUAGGAGACCAAAUAGCGUAUCAUGCCACAUAUUAAGGGAGUAUUUACAGACUGGAGGAAGGUGUACCUAUGUUUCUUGGGACACACAGAACUGGGAUCCUGAGUGAAUGCAGCCAUAAAGCCAGAUGUCAACCAAAAUUAGGCCCCCUGAUCUCUGUUUCAUGAGUUUUGUUUAGUUUAUCCCUGGAACUCAGUGCUUCAUGAGGAAGCUAAUAAUGUUGAAUGUCUUGAUCAGUGGGAAAAGCUGAAACUGUCUAGAAAUGCAGAAUAAGUUUUAGGGGCAGUGUGGAAGCAAAGAGAAUGAGAUGGUGCUGUUCAAAGGGACCUGUUUCUUUUGUAUUUGCUCUUUAGAACUAAAAGAUAACUAAUAACUUAGUCCCUCUUCAACAGCUUUUUUAUAAGCCAGACUCAACCAGAAGUUUGGGACAUGCCAGGUGAGAAGAAUCAGGAGUUUAUUAUCCUUCAAAAGAAACAGAAGAGGGUAGCAUUGCAGACUGCCACUGCCUUUACCCCAUGUGCCCCCCUCCUGGCUGUCCUCCCGUGUCACAGCUUUAGUGGUAUGUUAGCAUCUUGUCUAUGCAGGUUGAAACCUGUGUGUGGGACCUCCAUACUUCCCCAGAGGCAAAAAGGCACACCGUGUUGCCUGUAAGAAUGUAGCUGGCUUUUGAUCUUGACCUUGUGCUCGUGUGACCACACAAGCUCUCAGGCCGUUCAAGCCUGUGAUGUACAUAUACUCCAGUAAGUUUGGCUUUGGUUUUCAGCAUGUAGAUUUCACAGAUGUCUCUUGCAGGUGUAACCCACAGCGAGACUGCAGGAUUAAAAAUGACUUUCAAAAGAGGAGGCUAGAUUGGAGUUAGUUCAAAUUUCUCCUUAACCACUAAUGUUAAUUCAUACCAAAGGCAAAACAUUCUAAACCAGCUGAUGUUGUUUAAUGUCCAUGUUGUAAGCUAUUUCAGAUCCAAUGAAAGGGUUUUGAUGGGAGCUGAGACUCAAAAGUGAGAAUCUGUAUGUUAUAAUUGCUCUUUGAUGUAUCAGGUGUGGCAUGAUUCCUAGGGGAGAGAUUGGAACAAGCAGAACUAAGAGCAGAAAUGCUGGAUUGCUUUGAUUCUUAUUUUUAAAGACCUAAAUUUCUGUGCACAAGAAUAAAGGGAGCACUUACCAGCUGUAAAUCACAACAUAGGCUACCAAAUUAUUUUGUCUAGGAAAAGAAAGCUAUCAUAGCACAUAACGAUUUGGCAGAGAAGGUUGAGAAAGAGGACAGUUUGGAUCUUGAAAACAUGAUGUCUUUUUUUCAUUAUUCAAUGCCAUGAUUUGAAAAUCUUCACUGUGAUUUGUCUUACAAGACAGUAAUGAGGGGACAAUCUUGAGUUGCAGUGGUUUUGCAGACCCUUGUUUCGGAUCCAGGGAAUCUGAGCUUUGUUCCUUGUGCAUGGUGAAUAACUGAAACCAAGAGAGCAUGGGACAGACACUGUAGGGGUGUAACUCUGGGGCCCUUGUGUUCUGGUUCAUACUAUUCACUGCUAAUUUAAAUACAGAAUUAUCAAACAAUACAAGCCUAACAUGAGUCUGGUAGAAAAAUAAAAGUAAAAGCUGCACAAGUUACAUAGUUUAUUAUUCUAAUGUAAGUAGAACUAUCUGCAUAUAAUGUGAUUUAAUUUAUUAUUGUUUUGUGUAGAAAAUGAGAAUUAAUGACUGUGGAUAUAACCCUGUUUUGUAUAAUAUAUUUUAUUUCUGGUGCAAACUGGCCAUUUAAGAUAUCUACUUCAUUUGGCAUUUGGAUCUAAGUGUGUGUGUGUUCUUGUAAAUGUUUCUAUUAAGCAAGAGUGCCACAUACUCUGAGUAUAACAAUGUGUUCUCAUUAAAAAUUACAUCCCACAGAAA